UUUCACCUUCUCUUUCGCGAUUCGCAUUCGCACAUAACGCUCUAUAAGUCGCCGUUCAAUUUUCCAGCCGGAGAUUAUCUCCGAUCAUCGACUGAAAUUUUCAUUCGUGGUGAAAGAUGUUAGUCAAAGCUUUGGUUCGCUAAUUUUGAUUCUCAAUUUUUUUUCGGAUUUUGUUUAGUUCCUGGAUUUGGUUACUGAAAUCUCUUAGCGGCUUUUGCCCUAAUCUUCUCUAGUUUGUGUUUCGUGACUCUCUUAUUUAAGCCUUCUUGCAGAAAAUGGGACAAAAGAGAUGGCUGUUCUUGCUGGGAAUUUUUGCUUGUCUUCUUUCCUUUUCAUGUGGAAGAGUACUCAAGCUGAAGAGCAAUGAUGGUCGACCUGUUUACAACCAUACGUUCACCUUAACACUUGUGGAGUAUGCUUCUGCGGUCUAUACGUCUGAUUUGACAGAACUCUUCAAUUGGACGUGUGAAAGAUGCAAUGGUUUUACAAAGGGCUUCCAAGUAAUAGAGAUAAUAUUUGACGUUGACCAUUGCCUACAGGCAUAUGUUGGGGUGGCUAAGGAUUUGAAUGCUAUCAUUAUUGCAUUUCGAGGAACUCAAGAACACAGCAUACAAAAUUGGGUCUCAGACUUGUUCUGGAAACAGCUCGAUCUAAAUUACCCUGAUAUGCCUGAUGCAAUGGUACACCAUGGCUUUUAUAGUGCUUAUCACAAUACAACUCUACGGCCCUCAGUUUUGGGUGCAGUUAAACGAGCGAAGAAAUCCUAUGGGGCGAACAUCAACAUCAUUGUGACUGGUCAUUCAAUGGGAGGGGCCAUGGCUUCCUUUUGUGGGCUAGACCUAGUUGUAAAUGAAGGAGAAGAAAAUGUACAGGUUAUGACAUUUGGGCAACCUCGUGUUGGGAAUGCCGAUUUUGCAUCUUAUUACAGUUUGCUUGUGCCCAACACCUUCCGGAUCAUCCAUGACCAUGAUAUGGUUCCGCAUCUGCCUCCUUACUAUUAUCUUAUCCCUCAAAAGACAUACCACCACUUCCCAACAGAGGUGUGGGUGAGAGAUCUCAGUUUUUCGAAUCUUGUUCUUUUGAGUGUGGAGAAAGUUUGUGACAACACAGGUGAAGAUCCUACAUGCAGCAGAUCGGUGGUGGGAAAUAGCAUAUCUGACCAUUUAAGGUACUUUGGGGUAGAUAUGAAGUGUGAGACUUGGAGACAAUGCACAAUAGUGAUGAGCCAUGAGAUGGAUAGAUUCAGCAGGAAAGAUUCAAAGGGUAACCUAUUCCUGUCGCGGACAAUUCCUUCCACGACCAUAAAUGGAACAAAAACUCUUAUCUAAAGUCGGAACUUAUAGUGUGGUUGGUUCGAGUCUUAAACAAGAAAAGCUUGCUUGAAAAGGAAAGUUUGGGGUUUGAAGAGAUUCAGAUGUGGAUGAAGAAGAAGGCUUCCUUGAUCAUUGGAAAUAAAGUGUACAUAUAUAUAAUCAAGACUUUGUAAAUAAUUGGUAGCGGGUAGCAAAAAGAAUGUCUGGUUAAAUCUUUUAUUAAUUUAUGAUCAGACUGAUAUUGGCAUGAACUGUAUGUAAAGUGAAUGGAUAAUGUCAUAUGUUUUUUGUAAUUUAAAUUUAAUUUUUU